ACACACGCACACACACACACACACACACACACACACACAUACACACACACCACUACAGUAUAUCAGCGAGUGACUAGCGGAGAGCCAGAGGGGAGUGCAGAAAUGAAUGUGAAGAUCCUGACGCUGGUGAUUGUGCUCUUGGUGUCUCUGCUGUGUUCUGCCAGUGCUGGUCCCAUGGCCUCCACGGAGCAUGGCAGAGAGCUGGAAGAGGCGGCUACAGCAAGAAAAAUGGUCCAGCAAAACCCUGGGAGGGGCGGUCAGAGCCACAGACCAGCCGGCUGGAAGAGGAGACGCCCACGGCCACGUCUUUCCCACAAGGGACCCAUGCCGUUUUAGAGCAAGGCACUGCUUUGAGCGCCCUCCCCCAGGUUCUGAUUUCUAUGCUCUUCCUUUGCCUUGGGGGGCCUUGCAACAAAGGGCCUACGCUUGCCCAGCCUGAAGAGUGAUGUCCAUAGCACCUGCUGGUUCUUCAAGCAACUCUGUCCACAAAAAUCAGGACAAGCCGCUCACCCUCAGCUCUAGGAGGAAUUGAGGGCAGGGAAGGGGGAUGGGGGGUAUGGAGCCAGAGCUAUCAGACUCUAUUUCUCUGUCUCUCUCUUUCUCUUACUCUCACUCCCUCACUUCUUCUCUCUAUCUCUGUCUUCUCCCAAGUGUUUUUUUCUUUUCUUUUUCAAUUUUCCUAUUAUUUGCUUAAUAGAGCCCAAUCAUAGCGCUCUCCCUGAGUGUCUCACACAGUUUGCAUGACAUGUGGUGAAGAGGGAGCCCGGUCAAAACAAUCUGAGUCUUAAAGCAUCUGUCCCUUCUCCACGGUGUGGUAUUCCCAUCUCUCAGAUCCAAGGUUACUGCAGCUGCUGAUUUCAUUGCCGUGUGGCUACUUAACGGCUUUACUAGCGGCAGAGGGCGCUAAUAAUGUGGAAGGGCAGGGUCAGUUUUGAUAGUUGACAAUAUUAAGUUCACUAAUGAUAUUCUGGAUGUCUGGUGCAAAGAAGAAUUUGAGGUGUUUAAAAUGGAAGAGCAAGACAUUUGAAUGGCAUUAUAUCCAUCGCUUAAUUAAUAUUAUUGAUGGUGCUUUGUUCCUUCUAAUAACAGUACUUCCACAUUCAAAGUUAAGUUGGACUGAAAAGAAAGCACAUAUUGUCAAAACAAUCUAUUUAAGUGACAGAAUAAUUCCUUCAUUUGGAAGAUUCUUUAAUCCAAAGCUAUUUUGGUGUUUCUGAACUCAUUAACACCUUGGGGGGGUUAACUGACGUGCUCAAGGUUACUGUAACACCCACCUUGGAUGAGUCCUUUGACCCCAAAUCCCAAUCCCAAUCCUGUCCCCAAUCCCCAGCCUUCUCAUCAUACUGCUGCCCUGUGCAGCUGCUCUACUACACGACUGUUAACUGGCAGGGGCAGUCUGCUCCACCGACAGGCUGCCUUGCCUUUUAAUGAAGUGCCAAAUAAUAACCUUCUCCACAAUGCUGCCAGGAACAAAGGAAUAAAAAGGUUAGGGAGAAACACAUUACCUCUUGUUUCAAGUCUUGAUACACUGACACAUUAUGCAUUUUCAAUUUCUGCAAACAGAAAUCCCACAUGAGACAAUGUUAGCAAGGACCGUUAAAUUAGACCAAAAAAAGAAAGAAAGAGGAAACAAAGCAAAUAUUAGCUCAGUUACUAUUCCACCAUAAUCAGCCUACCACUAGUGCUCUGGCUGUUUUAACAUUCAGCAUAAGGCUGGUUUGACCCUGUGACUGAAAUCAUUCACUAAUGAAAUGCUAUGCCUUUCCAUCAUACUGGAAUAUAUUACUGUUUAUGUUUAUUUCUGUGUUUAGGUAGUUUUAUUUCUUUUUUUCUCAGGGUGCUGUGAUAGAGGCUUGUACUAGAGCAGUCUAUUUUGUGCAUUUAUUUAACUAAACACAUACAUACAUUACAUUUAAUGCCAAUAUGAGCAUAUUUUCGUAUAUUUCCUUACUCUUCCUCUAUGUAUUCACCAAUAUAGCCAUGUAUUCAGAUUCAGUCUUUUUUUCAGUCCUCAGACUCAUGAUCCUUUCCCUACAUUAUGUUGGGUACAGUUGCCUUUCUAGUCUGCCCUACCACAGCACAGGUGGUCGUGGCUUUGAUCAUUACGCUCAUUAAAUCCUGGAGUUAAUCUUUCUCAGAUGAAUCUCCCCAAGGCUUGCCGGGGCCACUUAGUCUGAGCUCAUUGUUAAAUUGGCUUAGACUGAAACCACACCCUUCCCCCUUUUCCAAUCCUCAAGCCCCUGCUGAUUCAACGUGUAACCAAGUAACCUAUUAGGACUGUAACCUGUAGAGCAGCCACCUUGCAGUCGUUCAUUGUGUAUUAGGUGUGUGGAGCAACUUCCUUGUUUUUUUCACUUGUAUUUUAGGUGAAAAUGGGAUUUCAAUCCACUGUGAUUCAAUCAGCAAACACUCCUAUUUCAAGUCAGUUUUGACCACACAGGCAACUGGCAGGUUAACCUAGAUUUCCAACACAUUUUCCCUCUCGCCAUGUCUCAUGCAAAUAUUAUAAUAAAAAGCAGUCUUCUCAGCUCCAGCAUGAGAAGCUUUUAUUAAGAGAGCAUCUAAAAUCACAGUGGUAAUCCACCCAGCCAAGAUCACCUUGAUUAAAAAUGUAUUAAAUCCUAGGGCACUGUGAAGAGUAAUAAUAAUUUCAGUUCCACCAUUAUUUUUUCAUACCCUCUCAGACAGAGAUGUAGAUUUCAUUAAUGCUCCUCGGGAGUGAGACAGCUUUGCUCAGGAUGUCUCAUGUAUUAUUGGGAAAGAUAGUAGGAAGAUAUGAGCUGUGGAUGGAAGUUCAAAGCAGCUGGAGUUUGGAUGCUGGAACUAGACUGGGUCGUGACAAGGGGUUCAAAUCAAUAUUUCCCCAUCUCAGAAGUUAUUGUUAUGGAGCCGAGCAACGUCUGUAUGCGCACUGUUCUUCAUGAAUGUAUGCUCACCAUCUGCACCAGCCAUGCUGCCCUUUCAGAGACCAGAGCAAACCAAUGUGUAUGUAAAGUACUCGUUUUAAUCUUGGUCUGGUUAUCAGUUGAAUCCAAAAAAUCAAAAGCCAAAUAUCCCACUGAUCCAAAGCCUCCGGUGUCAACUAGUCCCAACAAAUAGACGCGGCUUUGCUCCAAGACUUCUCUGUAUGGGUUUGCAAGGCUGCACUUUUGCAAUUCCAUUAUGCUGCUGGAAUAAUACACCCUGAAAACAAGAGUCUCUUGGUAUAGAAUGGUUUUCCAGUGUAUUGUGACAAUUUUUUGUCUGAUUCUUGUCUAGCUGGUUGUCCAAAGCUUACUUUUUGAAUACAGUGUAAAAAGCUGUAUCUUUUGUGGAUGUAACAAAAUAGAAAAGUAGUCUGCAGCACAAUAUGUCGUGGACACGUGAAAGCUUUCAGGCAUUCUUUUCUUGUAGAUCAUAGCCCACAGCCCUCCCCUGCACAUCAGGUUAAUGGGCCUUGUGGUGUGGAAGGACAAGCACGUCCAGGCUCAAACUGAAAUGGUAAACCAAUACAUUAUGCUCGGGGAGCAAAACCAUUUUCCUUAAUGGUCUUUUCCAGCAAGGCUUACACAAGAGAAACGAUUCCUAUCCUCUCAAUGUUUCCUCUCCAGUUCCUCUUCUCUGUGACCAUCACAAGGCCUGAGUAAUGUUCCUAUGCACUUGUUAGCAUGUUUUCCUGAUAGAAAAAUGUUUGUUCUGAGAAGUUGCCCCUUUGUGUUUAGUUCUUUUUGUCAAAAUGCAUUUGGCUGGGAGUGUUUAAGGAGUGAGGAUGAGCAGAGAGAUAGAUUUGUGUUACAGGUGGAGACGAGAAUAAGCUAGCAACAGGUUUUAAAAUAUUAGCUUUGAUCUCUGUUUCCGAAUAUAGACACAACCCCCACACAAAAUCAUCUCAGAAAAGCACAAGGUUUUUAUGUUUUUUUAAUCCUAUCGUCUUUCUAUACUCAGUUCUAUACCAGAU